AUGAUUUCUUAUUAUACGAUCAUUAGUGAAUAUUUAAAGACUCGUUUAAUUCCGUUCGCCAAGAAAAAUCCGCAAAUUGAGAUUGUCGUAACACCUAAACCCUCAAAACAUCCAUUCAUUCGCGGUCUAUAUCUAAAUGGUAGAGAAAAAGGAAUAAGUGUUAGGAAUAAGACUCCCAAAGAAAUUGUGGAGACAGUGAAUCUUAUACGUGAUAAUACGGGAUUCAAGAAUAAUAAAAGGUUCAAGAAACCAGUAAUAUCUACUACUGCAAGU